GUCUUCAUCGGCCGUGCUCGUCCUCCCACCUCGGCACUGCGCACCAGGCUCAUGGCAAAUCAAGGAAUUGCAGGUGAGCCAGCGAUGAAUCGGAUGCAGGUGCCUCCUCCCCCGGGACUCGGUGCGCCAGAUCGAUCCCGGGCGCAAAGCAGCGCAAGCGCUGUGUUCGAAGCCUUGGCUCGCCUUCAAGCUGAACGAGCCUCGCAGGCAUUGGAUGCAGCGAUUCUAGCUGCCCACAUGAGCGCCGCCACGGCCACGGCCACGGCGCCACGGAUGCCCAACUGGGCGCAUGGCGAACGCGGUGAACGCGGCGAUCGCCGUGAGGAGAGUGGGAAGUGGAAUGAGACGUGGUCACAGGCAUCUACAGCCUCCGCCAGUCCAAGAGGUGCUGAGGACAAGAUGUUCGUUCAGCACGCAGUGAAAGACGAAGCUCAGCUCCGCAAGCACAGCGGCCGUCCCAGCCGUCCAUCGUCGACUGCUUGGGCAGCCGGGCCCCGAGGCUGCCAGCCCUUUGAUGCCUCGCAUAGAUUGUCUCCGGGGCAACCAGCCUAUGUCGUGCCACAGCUACGUUCCGUAGUUCCUGGCUCCGCGCCUAUUGUUCCUACCAUAGAUGUCUCAAGCAUGGCACAGAUGCUUUGAGCACAGCAAUGAGCAGGAAGCUAGCUGUUGCCGUCGUAAGGGGCGGCUUUUGACAUGAACUUUUGCGAGGGAAGGCUGCUGUGCU